AUGGACAGGAAAGUGUUAGAGCACAUUAUGGAACUUUUAAAACUGGAUGUACACCCAGACAAUAUUGUAGAAUUGCUAACAACAGUGAUGGCGAUGGGGAAUGAAGAGGUUAUUUUCAUUUGAGGGUAAACGCUGAGAAAAACAGUGGACCUUGUCUUUGUCGGGAUCACGAAUGCCUCCCAGAUGUUUGUUUUAAAUUUAAUUAACGAGGAAUAAUUAUUUUUAUUGUUUUAUUCAACUGCAAGACGUGUUUUUUAACGUUCUUUUCUGUAUUUUUGUGCGUAAGUACUUACUCGUGUAUAAUUUUUUCAUAUGCAAUAAUUUCAUAAUCCGGUUUUUAAUUUUCUUUUGGUUUUUAAUCGCAGUAGAAUAGGCUGGUACAAUGUGUACCUUAACAAAACUUAAAUAAACAGUGGGACACCUGUCUCGAGUGGUAAGAAAACGAAUGUUUCAUUGUGUGGUGUCAUUUGUCUAUCAUUUUUUAAAUUUUGAUUUAAUUUUUUUUAUUCUACCCGACUUUAAAAAAGGAAUAUUAGAAUUUAACUGUUAUGACCUUGGUAUUAGAGACUUUGAGCAAUUGAUUUUUCCCUAGACGGCUGAUUCUUUCCGACAUACGUCAAAGUCGCAGGAUGGGUCAUUUUAAGAUUCUUUCGUUAUGCAGCUAUAUCUUCGUGUCAAAUUGCUUUCAGUACUCCGUUACAACACUCCACACUGUCCGAUUUUUCACUCGUCACUCAAUAUUCAAUGUCAGUGUUCUUUAGUAGAUUAACUUGUUACCAAGGUGGAACGUUGCCAGAGAUACAGUGCAACGACUGGGAGAAAAACCUCCCCCCUAAUUAGAAUUUAGACAGCAACAGCAAGCAUCAAAUCUUGGGAUGGUUGGCAGAUGGGAAUUAUUUCUCGAGAAUUUGUUUCCAUUUCUAGCGCUCCAUUCCAUCUUCAUAAAAAUUACUGGUUCAUGUUCAACGAAGGAGAAGGUGUUGUAAGAUUGGUUUAAACGCGCCACGUGACCGAGUAUUCGCUUUCUGAAGAAUAUCCUUAACGGGAAAAAAUGAUAAUCACAGGCAAAUAUUGAAGCACUUUUCCGCAACGGCUAUAUCGAACUAUAGGUUAUUGUUCAUUUAAUCCCUUAUCCAGGUAAAGCAUAUUUGGUCUCGCGAUGCGGUUUGAAGUAAACACGGUAGACAUUUUCACCUGGAUGUGAUUCCUCGGAUUAAAUCAAUUUCAGCUACAAAAUAUUAUUGUCAUGUCUGAGAACACAGAGGGAAAUGGUUAUCGUCCUUCAGGCUUUGGAGGUUAACUUAACACUUUAAACCCUCAGAGUGACUAGCAUCUAUUUCUCCCUACAAUAUUACCCGUGAAUCAAAUGCUAUAUCAAAUGUAUAAAGAACAGUACGGAGAAUGUACAUAGUGAUAUUAGGGUGAAAAAGGUUGACGGCCACAAUUUCGUUCCCAGGGGCUUUCGGUUUUCAGAUGGCGGUUUUUUUGA